CAGACACGCAAAUCGUUGGAUUGGACGCGGAGGAGAUGUGUAGUGGCCGGCUCGUUUGUCAGACUUGACGCCUCUGGAUUUUUUUCUUGUGGGGAUUCGUAAAAGACAUUGUUUUUAAAGACGAUCCAACUGCACCUGAAGAUUUGCGACAGAGAAUUGUCAGAGUAUGUGCUUCGAUAAGUGCCGAAGUGAUAAGGAAUACCACUCAAUCCAUGAUAAGAAGAUUGCAGUACUGCGUUGAUAUCAGUGGUUAUCACUUCGAACGGACGUUCACAGCGUCUUUGUGACCUUUGUUGACCGUCAAAGACCUUACCGUUACACAUCAUUGGUUUCGUCUCGAUGGCCGCUGUCAUAACAUAAGUACCAAACUGUACCAUCCCAUUAAAAAUAAUAAUAAUAAAAAAAGUGACCUUCAUAUCUCUGCGCGACCCCACCUAGCAGUAAAAUACCAACGUCGUAUUAUGGCCCCCGUUGUCCCAUGCAAGAUUUGUCCCACAAACUUUUGAGCUUGUAUUAUACUUUCGGAGUUAUUCUUGGUGGCAAUAGUUAGUGACUCACCCUGUAUAUGUGAUAAUCAUUAAGAUUCAGUGGAUGGACUGUAUGAUCGGCAACCACAAAAAUUUAGAGGUAAUUAUUGAUAUCAGUAUUCUGCAUACACUAUUAAUUUUUGUGACUUCAGUAUUAGUAUGUUGCAUUGUAUUUUUCUUACACUACAAGGAAGACUGUUCAUGGCACCAAUUUAGUUUCAACAACAAUCCAUACUACUGCAAGUGGUAAUUGUCUCUCAUUAUGUGAAUUUCAUAAUAUUUGUGUUAGCUGUUGGGCUGCCUCCCAGCACGGUUAUUCGAAAAAGGACCAACAGACUAACACACUGAUUAGAACUGAUACUAUAACAAAGGGUUUUACUUUAACUUCCUGCUGCAGAAUAAUACUGGAGCAGUAAAACGAAAACGAGAGAAUAACCCCGAAAUAAUACUUCAGGUGCAAAGAAAAUGUACCAUUUACAACACCAGAACACAGAGCAUACCCAAAACGUGUCAAAGCCUAUGCAACACUUCGUAGCAACAAACGACUUUCGAUACAUCUUUCUUGUGGGCGACGUUUCGAUGAGCAUGACGUCACACCUGAUUACAUUUCGUACAGGUAGGGGGAAAAUAUUGUGAAUGGUGGUUUGAGAAUCGUUAUUUUCAAAGUAAAUUUUCUUUUCUGCAAGAUGAAUUAUGUUAGGUGCGACAAUAUGCGAUGCAUUUCUUAAAUCGGGGAGCGUUAGACACUGAGAACUAGGCAUUUCGAAAAAAUUUGGGCAGAAAAGACAAACCAUUUAUGUCAUUACUUAAAAUUUUACUAGUACAUUUGUCAUUUAUAUAUCUUAAAAUGUAACACACGCUAGAAAAAGACCACGUUUGAAGGUUGGCUUAUGCUUCUUUUAUUUUUUCUUACGAAUUAUGUAAUAACGUUGGCAAAAGUAUAAUCAUCCUUCAAAAAACAGGGGGAAGUGAAGCAAUUUCACAAGUAAUUGCCGUUUCUAUGCAAAAGCAAAUGCUUGACGGAAUAUGUAUUCAGCCAAGUAACGUACGAAAUUUCUGCGCACAGCAGUGAAAUGUACAACCGUGUUCGUCAGAAACAUUCAGCUGCUGCAAUUUAAGCUGUGCUGAUCAGGAUUCUUCCUGUCUACACCUUCGGAAAAAAAAACCAGCAGAAAAAUUUUGACGAACAUGACACUAACAUGUUAUCCAUUCCAUUGGGGUGUAAAAGCUGCAUAUCCUGUAACACCUACAAAAAGAAGCAGAACACCACCAGGGAAGAUCAGCAAUGGAAGCUACACUGGCUUUCCUGAGGCAUCAGCUCGACGACCAACUACAAGAAGAACUUCAAAUAAUGGACCCAAAGGAGGAGUACUAGCUGACCCCAUUCCUGAUGCAGAUAAGGCUAAGGACAUCAAAACACCACACAUCAGUAAAGAUCCUGAAUCUUUGCAGCUAAUUAUCAGAGCCCUGAAAGCCAAUGAAUUUCUGUGCAACUUAAAUGAGGUACAGAUGCAGGCUGUGGCAGAGGCCAUGUCACUACAAGUGCUUGAUAGCAGUGGAUUUGUGAUUGAGGAGGGGGAAAUAGGUAGGCACUUAUAUGUGUCAGCUGCAGGCAGGUUUGAAGUGAUUAAAGGUGGUAAAUCAUUGGGGACCUUUGGCCCUGGCACAGCGUUUGGAGAAAUUGCUAUUUUGUACAACACUAAGAGGCAGGCAUCCAUCAAAGCCGAUGAGGGAGCUAGUGUGUGGGUUCUCGAUCGUCGUAUCUUCAAGCAGAUUAUGAUGCGUACAGGACUACAAAAGACAGAAGAUAAUAUCAAGUUUCUUCGUACUGUUCCCAUACUAGAAGGUUUAAGUGAAAGAGCCCUUGCUGCUAUAUCUGAACUUGUGCGUGUUGAAUUCUUUGCACCAAACACAGUCAUUGUCAGACAGGGAGAUGAAGGUGAUACAUUCUACAUCAUCAGUGGUGGAAAUGUGCAGUGCAGCAAGAAAACAUCUUCUGGUGUGGAAGAAAAGCUAGCUGUGCUUGGGACUGGAGAAUAUUUUGGAGAACUAGCAUUGUUACAUUCUAUAGUUCGUCAGGCUACUGUCACUGCCUUACACCCAGGAGUGGAAUGUCUGGUCCUUGAACGAGGUCCAUUCAUACAGUUCCUGGGAGAUCUUGAUGACUUAAAGAAAAGUUAUGAUGGUCCUGAACCACCUCGUCCAUCAGCCACUGCAGUACCAACCAUAGAGCAUGAAGAUUUGAAACUUUCUGAUCUUGAAGAGAUAGCUACUCUUGGUGUUGGAGGAUUUGGAAGAGUUGAGUUAGUAGUGAGCCGAACCAAUAAAAAUCUUGUGUUUGCACUGAAGAAGCUGAAAAAAUCAUAUGUUGUGGAACAACAGCAAGAACAGCAUGCUUAUAAUGAGAAGAAUGUUAUGCUUCGAUGCAAAGACUGUCCUUUCAUAUCAAGGUUGUAUCGGACAUAUCGUGAUUCAAGGUAUGUUUACUUUUUGAUGGAACCAUGUCUUGGAGGUGAUGUAUUUUCUCUACUUCAGAGACGUCAUCUUUUUGAUGAGAAGACAGCUCGUUUCAUGACAGCUUGUGUAGUGGAAGCACUAGACUAUCUACACACUCGUGGUUUCAUCUAUCGUGAUUUGAAACCUGAAAAUCUCCUCUUGGAUUCGAAAGGUUAUAUUAAAAUGGUUGACUUUGGCUUUGCAAAAGAAGUGGGUCCUGGAGGUAAAACAUGGACAUUUGCUGGAACACCAGAGUAUGUUGCCCCAGAAAUAAUACUCAAUUUAGGACACAAUCGGGCAGUUGACUACUGGGCACUUGGAAUAUUUAUGCAUGAGCUGCUGACUGGAAGACCACCAUUCCGUGGAAGUGACCAUCUAAAAACAUAUAAUAUGAUACUAAAAGGAAUUGGAGCAGUAACUUUCCCUAAGUACAUGUCAAAGUAUGCUCAAAAUAUGAUACGUCACCUCUGUCAACAUCAUGCUGCAGAACGUCUUGGAUAUCAAAAGGCAGGGAUAAAGGAUAUAAAGGAUCACAAAUGGUUUCAUGGAUUUGACUGGGAAGCACUAAGGAAAGGGACAAUGAGAGCUCCGAUCAUACCAGUGAUUAAAGGACCCACUGAUACAUCCAAUUUUGAUAAGUACCCUAAGACAAAAGACAAUGCUCCUGAUGAAUUUUCUGGUUGGGACAAAGAUUUCUAGGAAAAUAACACAACGAUGACUAUGUGCAGUUCAAGAAGUUGAAGUCUUCUUGAAUUUAUCCAGUAUCAUUCAUCAGCUGACAUCACUGAUGUUCUACAAAGUUCCUACUUUUUUUAGUCACACAGCAGGCAAUGUAUAAUACUUUAACUCGACAAUGAUAUGGC